AUGUCGACACCUCCGCCACAACCCCCAGCACCUUUCGGUGGUGCUGUGGCAGCUGCCAAUACGUUGCAGCAGGUUGAGGAACAUCUCUCGUCGGGAACCAAGCCCGUCGACGACGACUCAGCAACUUCAGCAAUCUCCGAUGAGACCAGAGACAAAGACAUCCAGGACCUCGCGCGCACUUUCACCCGGCUGUCGCAGGAGAAAAAUGUCGCGUGCGUGUCUGACGAGGCAAUCAACACCUUUCUCGAUCCUACACGAGACCCCGAACUUGACCCAAAUUCCUCCGACUUCAGUUCGCGCAAAUGGGUUCGCAACACACUGCAGAUGACUUGCAACCCUGGUCGGUUUCCCCGGCCGUACCGCCGGUGUCUCUUGAACUUUGCCAACGUCUGGCUGAAAAUGUUCGACGGGGCUCGCCAUUUACUGGGGCUGGGCAAGAAAGUUCGCAUUGAUAUUCUGCGCGACUUCGAAGGGUUGGUGGAACACGGCGAAAUGUUGGUGGUCCUUGGUCGUCCUGGCAGUGGAUGCUCGACAUUCCUGAAGACGAUUGCCGGUGAAACCCAUGGUCUUUUCUUGGAUGAAGGGGUCGACGUGCAGUACGAGGGACUUACAUGGGAGGAGAUGCACAGUCGAUUCCGGGGCGAAGUACUAUACCAGGCUGAAACCGAAAUCCACUUCCCACAGUUAACUACAGGCGAAACCUUGCUUUUCGCAGCCCAGGCGCGCACCCCGAACAAUCGUCUACCUGGUGUGACUCGCGACCAAUAUGCUCAGCAUAUGCGAGACGUGAUCAUGGCCAUGCUUGGUCUUUCGCACACGAUGAACACGAAAGUAGGGAGCGACUUCAUCCGCGGCGUAUCGGGGGGUGAGCGCAAACGUGUUAGCAUUGCUGAAACCACCUUGUGUGGGAGUCCACUGCAAUGCUGGGAUAACAGUACCCGUGGGUUGGAUAGUUCUACUGCGCUGGAAUUCGUGAAAAAUCUGCGCCUCGCCAGUGAAUACAGUGGCACCACCGCUACCAUCGUGCUCUAUCAGGGUCGCCAGAUCUUCUUCGGUCGGGCUGAUGAGGCACGUCGGUUUUUCAUGGAGAUGGGAUUCGAUUGCCCAAGUAGACAAACCACCGCGGAUUUCUUAACCUCCCUCACGAGCCCGUCGGAACGUGCGGCGCGCCCUGGCUUCGAGAACAAGGUUCCUCGAACUCCUGAUGAGUUUGCGGCGCGCUGGAAGGAAAGUCCUGAACGUGCCAAGCUUCUGGAGGAGAUUGCAGCCCACAAGGCCCAGAACCUGGAAAAACACCGUGACGCCUUCGACCGUUCGCGGGCGGCUGAAAAGGCCAGGGGCACCCGUGCUUCAUCCCCUUAUACUCUCUCAUACCCAAUGCAGAUUCGCCUCUGUUUGUGGCGAGGAUUCUUGCGGUUGAAGGGUGAUAUGAGUGUGACUAUUGCAUCCGUUCUCGGGAACACCAUCAUGGGUAUCAUCAUCUCCACGGUCUUCAUCAACUUGCCGGACAAUACGAGCAGCUUUUUCCAACGAGGAUCUUUGCUCUUCUUUGCCAUUCUGAUCAAUGCUUUCGCAAGCGCCCUGGAGAUUCUUACCUUGUGGCAACAGAGACCCAUUGUGGAAAAGCACUACAAGUAUGCUCUUUAUCACCCGUCUGCAGAAGCAAUUAGCUCCUACCUCGUUGAUCUACCGGCGAAAUUCAUGAUGGCUGUUACCUUCAACCUGAUCAUCUAUUUCAUUCCGGAUCUCCGUCGAACAGCCGGUCACUUUUUCAUCUUCUUUCUGUUCUCGUUCAGCACCACCCUUGUGAUGUCGAAUAUGUUCAGAUGGAUCGGAGCUGCUUCCCGAACUAUGGCACAGGCCACGGUUCCAGCAUCUAUUUUCAUGUUGGCUCUCGUUAUCUACACCGGCUUCGCGAUCCCCACUCGCGAUAUGCACCCCUGGUUCAGAUGGCUGAACUGGCUCAAUCCCAUCGCGUACUCUUUCGAGUCUCUCAUGGUCAAUGAGUUCAGUGACCGGCAGUUCAACUGCACAGCCUAUGUUCCCGCUGGCGUUGGCUACGAGCAUGUCUCAUUAAGCAACACUAUCUGUGCCGAGAAAGGCGCUGUUGCCGGCCAACCCUUUGUGGACGGAGAUGCGUACAUCAACACCACAUACGAGUACUACAAGGAGCACCUGUGGCGCAAUUUCGGUAUCCUGGCCGCUUUCUACGUCUUCUUCCUUGCCCUCUACAUCAUCACCAGCGAGUUCAUUCGCGCCAAGCCCUCCAAGGGUGAAAUCCUGGUCUUCCCACGUCGCCAUAUCCCCGCCUUCGCGAAGAAACCUCCCAGUGAUGAUGCUGAGAAUUCUCUCACGGAAAAGGGUCAAGUUGUGAGAGAAUCGCAGGACCAGACCGCUCAUCUUGCCAAACAGACCUCCAUCUUCCAUUGGGAAAAUGUCUGCUACGACAUUAAAAUCAAGGGACAACCCCGUCGCAUCCUCGAUGGUGUCGAUGGAUGGGUGAAACCGGGCACCUUGACGGCUUUGAUGGGUGUAACGGGCGCGGGAAAGACAUCUCUGCUUGAUGUGCUCGCGAAUCGGGUCACCACUGGUGUCAUUACCGGCGACAUGCUUGUGGAUGGACGGCCAAGAGAUGGCUCAUUCCAACGGAAGACCGGCUAUGUUCAGCAACAAGACUUGCACCUGGAGACCAGUACCGUUCGCGAGGCGCUGACCUUCAGUGCUCUUCUCCGUCAACCGCACAGCAUUCCUUACAAAGAAAAGGUUGCAUACGUCGAGGAGGUAAUCAAGAUGCUUGAUAUGGAGGAGUACGCGGAGGCGAUCGUCGGUGUGUUGGGGGAAGGCCUGAAUGUUGAGCAACGGAAACGGUUGACCAUUGGUGUGGAAAUCGCCGCCAAACCCGACUUGCUUCUCUUCUUCGAUGAGCCGACAUCGGGUCUCGACAGUCAAACGGCCUGGUCGAUCUGUUCCUUGAUGCGGAAGCUCGCGGACCAUGGUCAAGCGGUGCUGUGCACUAUCCACCAGCCUUCGGCUAUCUUGAUGCAACAAUUCGAUCGGUUAUUGUUCCUGGCCCGGGGUGGACGGACGGUCUAUUUCGGUGAUUUGGGCUCCAAUAUGCAGACGCUGAUAAAGUAUUUCGAGGAAAAGGGUUCGUCUCGCUGUCCCGACAACGCCAAUCCGGCCGAGUGGAUGCUUGAGGUCAUCGGAGCGGCGCCUGGAUCCCAUGCCGAUCGCGAUUGGGCUACGGAAUGGACCAACAGUCCUGAACGCAAACGUGUGCGGGAGGAACUCGCGCAGAUGAAAGCGGAAUCGCUUCAGAAGCCUAUAUCUCCGGCGGCGACAGGGUAUGGCGAGUUUGCCGCGCCCAUCUGGUAUCAGUUCUUGAUCUGUAUUCGCCGGAUGGUUCAGCAAUACUACCGGAGUCCGGGAUAUUUGUACUCGAAGGCCGCUAUGUGUGUCUUUCCGCCCGUUUUCAUUGGAUUCAGUUUCUGGCGCGAACCCAACAGCCAGCAGGGACUUCAAAACCAAAUGUUCGCCAUUUUUAUGCUGCUCAUGAUCUUCCCCAAUCUGGUCCAACAAAUGAUGCCCAGUUUCUGUGUUCAGCGUGCCUUGUAUGAAGUGCGCGAGCGUCCGUCCAAGGCAUACUCGUGGAAAGCCUUCAUGCUGGCCAGCAUCUUCGUGGAACUCCCGUGGAAUCUCAUCAUGGCCGUCCCCACCUUCUUUUCGUGGUACUAUCCUAUCGGUCUGUACAGGAACGCGCCGGUCGGGGAAGCUAUGAAUCGUGGCGGAACCAUGUUCUUGCUGAUUCUGAUCUUCCUGAUGUUCACCUCCACAUUCAGCUCCAUGAUGAUUGCCGGCAUUGAGCAGCCAGAGACCGGUAGUAACAUUGCACAGCUGCUCUUCUCGUUGUCCUUGGUAUUCUGUGGUGUCUUGGCUCAGCCCGGCCAGUUCCCUCAUUUCUGGAUCUUCAUGUACCGAGUAUCUCCGUUCACGUAUCUCGUGUCCGAUGUGCUGUCUGUCGGCCUGGCCGGCAACUCCGCCCACUGCUCGGACAUCGAAUGGUUGACGAUUCCACCUCCAAAGGACAUGACCUGCGGAGAUUAUCUUGGGGACUAUGUCAGGCAAAUGCAGGCCAGCCUCAGGGACUGGAACGCGACGAGCGACUGCCAGGUGUGCUCCAUCACCACGACCGAUGCGUUCUUGGCGAAUAUCGGGAUUAAGUUCUCGGAGCACUGGCGCAACGUGGGGCUCUUGUUUGUGUACAUUGGCUUCAACAUCGUCAUGGCCGUUUUUCUGUACUGGCUGGUGCGGGUUCCUAAGAACUGGUCGCGCACGGUGAAGAAGGAGUGA